CCAAUUAAUUAGUUAGUCAAUCUUAAUAUAUAUAGAGGAUAUUAGAUGAUCCUAGGUUGCCUUUCUUUUGUGGAACCCAAAUGUAUAAGUGACACAUUAUAUUGCUAUGCGCUAAAGAGUACUCAUGAGGUCAUAGACUCAUAGCACCCAUAUAAUCUGCUGAACAAAAUUGGAAGCGAACAAGUUGCAGAGCCCAAUGAGAAAAACGACAGCCAGGAAGGAAAACUGGCACAUGCGCCUAGAAAUCAGCAAUAAAGGAUGCAACCAUAACCUGGCUGCGCCUGAAUUUGUCCGUUUAGAAAUGGACUGCUCAUUUAUUCACUUCCAGGCCACCUGCUGUUGCUGGUGCACACCUGUAAAGCUGAAUUAAGAGAACAAACCAAAUCCCCUUUCUUAGAUCUGUAUCAAUCUGUACCUCGUCCACACACACAAAUCUGGUCAAGUUCUUAUCUAAGGGAUAGUAGGAGGAAAUUUCAUCAUCUGGGGGAGUGAUAGGGGGAGGAGGAGGAAGAAGAGGGCAAGGUUACAUGGAGCACCUGAUUGAGAAGUUGAAUCGGCUGGAUCAGCUGCAGAAAGAUCAGGACAGAAUCACCAAGAAGAUCAAUGAAAUCCAUAGAAAACUCCGCUCCUCUCCAGAGAUGAACGAUAAACAAGUUGAUAAUACUUUGCUUCGGCUUCGUGCUUUGUAUACACGCGCCAAAGAACUCUGUGAGAGUGAAGUCAGUGCUUCGUCUUCUUUGGUAGGACUAUUGGAUGGUUUGUUGCAAUCUGGAGCUUCAUCUGCACAAAGAAAAAAAAUAGAACUUAGUGAGCAGAAAAAGAAGAGGAUGAAGUCUGAUACAGAUACUACACGAUUCUCCUCUGCAUCUAUGAGGAGCCAACUUGAUCAUGCUACAAACCUGAAAGGAGAACAGGUUGCAGCUAAGGUCAAAUCAGAUGAGGAAAAAGAUGAGUGGGUUGUGGUGAAGGUCAUUCAUUUCGAUAAGGAAACAAAAGAAUAUGAGGUGCUUGAUGAGGAGCCUGGUGACGAUGAAGAGAGUGCCCAAAAGAAGUACAAGUUGCCUAUGUCAGAUAUUAUUCCAUUUCCGAAGAAAGGGGAUCCUUCAAGUGCUCCAGAUUUUGGGCAGGGUCGACAAGUGUUAGCUGUUUAUCCUGGCACAACAGCUCUAUAUAGAGCUACUGUAGCAUCUAAUCGCAAGAGGAAAUCUGACGACUAUCUACUCUUGUUUGAUGAUGAUGAGGAGGAUGGAUCUCUACCACAGAGACCUGUGCCGUUCCAUAGAGUGGUUCCUCUCCCGGAGGGCCACCGGCAAUGAAAAACUCGUGCGACGAUCUGCCUUACCCCGGCUAGCGUAGCCUGUGAAGUCUCUGACGAUGUAGUAAUUUAUUUCAUCUGCAGUUGUCCGCAAUGUGCAGACGUAGAGGGCAGAUUGUACUACCAAUGUUGCUUCCAAGCUGCUAAGGUUCAGCUAUCCUGUAAAUAAGUUGAUCCAGUGUUGUUUUAUAACAAAAUAAAGUGGUUCUCCCUGUCAAUGUUGCUUCCUGGUGUGAUUUCAGAUCUUAGUGCUACGAACUGCAGUGUAAGUAGUAUGAUCUUUAUGUAAUUUUUAGCUUUACAGCUGCAAACAUCUCAUGCACAUAUUUGGAUGGGACGAGAUCCUCUGUGCAUUGUAGAAGAAAAUGCAGAGAUGCUACAGUGAUUGCUUCUUUUUUUUUUCGUUAGAUCUUGGAUGGACAGUCAAAAACAUAGGGCUACAGGCUACCGCUACAGUAUCCAUGGGACUAAAUAAAGCGCCUAAACACUGUUGGUACACCGUUGCUAGGAUGGAGACACUGUGCUCAUACAUAUCACUGUAGCACAAGACAUAAACAUAGUACUCUCUGCAUUUACUGCAGAGGAACCGCACCAUUUACAUAUACUCCACAUGGAAUCUUGAGCCGGGAAUAUGAUUGUAAGAUGUGACAUGCGAGCGUUGUUAUAGGUAUUCUAUAUGCGAGC